GCAACCGGAACCCUCGUUCUUUCGCUAAAGUUUCCCCCGGAAAGGUUACUUCGUAGUACAUGCUAAACGCUGCUAGCGGAAGAUAAACAGAAAUUUUGUCCAACAUGGCAGAGACUCACAGCUUACAGGACAUGAGGCAGCAGGCAGCCAUCGCUGCCAAAGUCUUCCUUCAGAGAGAUUACACCAACGGCACUGUGUGCCAGUUCCAAACCAAGUUCCCCUCUGAGCUGGAGACCAGGAUUGACAAACAGCAGUUUGAGGAGACGGUGCGGACAUUGAAUAACCUGUAUGCUGAAGCGGAGAAGCUGGGAAGCCAGUCGUAUAUUGAAGGCUGCCUGGCCUGCCUCACAGCGUACACCAUCUUCCUGUGUAUGGAGACUCACUAUGAGAAGGUUUUGAAGAAGAUUGCAAAGUACAUUCAGGAGCAGAACGACAAGAUCUACGCACCACGAGGCCUCCUGCUCACCGAUCCCAUCGAGAGAGGCCUGCGAGUUAUUGAGGUCACCAUCUUUGAAGACAGAAGCCUGACCAGAUAAAAGCUGCCACGCAGCUGUUUGGCUGAGCGGAACUAUAGAGCCUGCAGCAGCCCAGAACCAGUGCCCACCUCCCCGAGGACCACCCAGACCUGCACCCUUAAUACUGCGUCUCUACAAUCUAUCCCUUUUCCACUAACAUCAUGUGCAUGUCCCAGGUUUGAGAUAUCAUACCCGACACUUAUUCAGCUAUUAUUUUAUCCUUAAGUGACAUCCCUCUCCCUACUCAUUAAUCAAGGGUUAAAGUCUGUUUUAUGCUUGUAUUUGAAAGGAAAAGGAUAACUCACUUACACAAUGUAUUGACAUUCAAGCCAUUAUUUUAUCCUUUAUUUUGGACUAAAAUCCGCUUUUUGGAAUUCCUAACUUUUGUAUAUUUCUUUUCUUUUCGGACACUCCUUUUUGAAUAAUGGAGCCAACACACAGGGUAACAUUUUUAUGAAGGACUAUGGAAUUCAACCCACACCCAUGCUUUAAGUGAUUGUCUUGGCAGAACUGAGGAUAUCAUUUAAAUCAAACAACAGAGAACUCUGGUUAUUAGUGUGAUUUGCUGCAUGUGCCACACCUCACACUUUGUUUGCUUUACUCUUAUUCAUGUAUUCUUGCAAGGGUGCUUGGUAGUUUAUCGUCUUUCCUGCAUGUUUCCUUUGUAGCGUUUGACCUUAAUAUUUAACUGACAGCUGAACUUUGUCAGAAUCUAAAACAUUCCAGUCAAACUGUCAGAUUCUAACCUUAAUAUACGUCUUUGAUUUAAGAGAUUAUUUCUGAAAAACCAAAACUCGUGCUCGCUCUGUAUUUAGCAUGUAAUAUUGUUAAAGCUCACUUUUUUUUUGUAAACUGUGCUAUGCAUAGUGUUUGGUGACUACUGUUGAUUUUUGACUCAUGUUUAAUAAGCAUAUAUAUUGUGACGUUGCCUUUGACCGAAGUAUUAAAAGUGCUCUUGUUGACAGUGCCUGUAAUGGCUUUGAAUGUUGCCUUUGUUAAAGUCUAAAGGCCCGGUCACACUAGGAAACGAAAAAUAUUUCGCAACAAUUUAAGUUAAUUCCGCCUGAAUCGUUAGUGAAAUUAGUGGAAUUACUCGCGGGAAAAUCAGAGCAAAUGUUUCACGUUGAGUUCAGCUUUUGUGAAUUUGACCUUCAGAUUUGCAUUGUUGUCCACCAGCAAGCCUUCUUGACCAGUGUUGGGCUAGUUACUUAAAAAAUGACAUUUAUUACUCAUUACUCUUACCAAUAGUAAUUAGUUACACCAUUAACCAAAAAAACCCAGUAACGUUAUUACUUUUCUGCUUCUCCCCACAAAAGUGAUAGUGUCCAUUCUCCCCAAAAUUCAGACUGACUACUAAAAUCCAAUUUUGUUUGUUAAAAUCAAAGUAAUGAAAUAUUUCUAGCCGCUGAGUAUCUUCUUCUAAACCACAAUUACAAAAAUGAAUCCAACGAUGUGAUUGGAUUGUUGGAUUUUAAAUUAGUAGGGGUGCCAAAAAAAGUGAUGUUAUAUUUUUUAGGGGGUAACUGUAAUAUUAUUACUGAAAUUCAUUAGUUAUUAGUCACACUACUGUUCUUUACUGUGCGGACCUUGGAAAGCCAGACAGUCCAAAAUGGAGGAAGCUAAUCGUAGCUUUUUAGCCAUGUUGCACCCUUCACUUUUAUUUAACCUCCUUUAUCGGAGGAUUGACUGUGCCACAAAAACAGAUUGGUUUGCAGACAGUUACAAGAUAAGAGUCGAUGGUACAAAUACGUCUUUUGAAUAAACUGUGUGAACUUAGUUAGCUUAGCUCAGUUGCUAAUGGGAUAAUGACCGUUAGCAAACCUUUUAGCUCUGACAGAUUGAAUUUCCCCCUUCAGAAACUGUUUCAUUGCACAAUAAAUGGUGGACAAAAUGCCACCAAAUGGGAUUAAACAGACCACUUAGAGGGAAGACCCCAAUCUCCAGUCACCUGGGCUAGGACCAGAAUUAGUGGUUAGCUCGCCAGCUACAGCAGCUCAACAACCAGCUCUGCGGGUAGUCACCGUUUUCUAGAACCACAUCUUUUUGUAAAGCCGUGCAGAUGAAUUAGCUUAGCUGCAGCACUUUCUGGUGUGACCUGGCCUUAACUGUGAAAUCAGUCUUGGCUUUGUUCACUUAUUGUUAACAAGUGUCCAAAACCUAAGAUUAUGAUAAAAUGUUAUUGAAACCUUAACAAAAGGUGGAGUAUGCUGUGGUACAUAUGGCUGGUAAUGUUUAAUUAUGAAAUAGCUACAUGUACAAGUAUAGAUUUUUGAAUGCUGUAGCUAAAAGAGCAACAAUUACCUUCAUUUCUAAUUAUGUAAAUAAAGUUUCAUGGAUCAUUUUUGAUUUAGCUCGUACUUUAUCCAUCUGGAGUUCGGUUAAUUGAACUUUUCUAUGUUUUUUUUUUUUUUUUUUUCAUUUGAAAUCCAAUGUUUUAUCAAUCUAAAACUUGUAUGCCAAUAAAUGAAAUGUGUACAUAUUUUA